CUCCUUGUUUAAUGUUCGUGAUCUGAGACCAGGAAGCAGAGCUAGCUAGCUGUUAGAGCUGUUACCUUACUGCGAUGAAAACACAAAAGAAACGGACAACACAACACAAAUGGAUAUAAUAUCAUCAUAAAAGACUUACUUAAAGAACCGACAGACUGUGUUUUUAAACAUUAACAUCACCGUAACUCUUCCCGUGUGCUGUUAAAGACUGUUUAGCUUUAUAUUCAUCCAUCUGGCUCAGAUUGAGGCUAGCUAACGUUAGCAGCUGGUUAGCUGUUAGUGAUGGCUGCGGCGCAGAGAGGCGGUCUGGUGGCUGGUUAUCUACUGCUGCUACUGCUGGCUGGAUGCAGAGCGAGGAUACACAAGCUCACCCUGAAGAAUGAAACUCGGGUUGCCGUCGACCUCAACAACUUUGGUUUCUAUGCCAACGGGACUCUGGAUGUCAAAAUGAUCUCUCUGCGCCUCCCAGAGCAGCUGGUCAACUACAGCGCCUUCCCGGUUGGUUUCACCCUCUCCAGGUCACGUGUGAAUGGAGUCCUGUCCUACACAGCGGAGGAGACGGAGACGUGCCCACUCACUCUCACUAAGUUCACCAACAACGAGCCUCUCAUUCUGUUUCUCAUUGAUAUCACCACGCUCAGUGUCAAUGUGAGAGCUAUGGGCGACCAGGACAACCUCUUGAUAGCAAAGGCAAAGGCUGAAGCACCUAAAAGUCCGAUGAAAGCCAGAGAUGCUCCUGCUAAUGAUGAUGCUGCUGUUACACCAGUUGCACCACAUACACCAACAACACAAAGUGCAAAGACUAAGGAGCCUCAGAACAAUCCGGAAGUUGAGUCUGUGGGUCAGAAGUCAGUAGAACAGCCAGAGGCUGCAGCAGAAGCUACAAAGGUGGAGGAAAAUGAAUUCCAGCUGGAUAAGGUCAAACAACUGACGUUGGCUCUGGACAAAGUUGACGGCUCGUACAACUUCAGCUUCCACAUGGUGGUCGGCCUGCUGGCGGAGGGUCUGUACAGCCUCAAGUUCCACUACUGUCAGAACCGGGUGCCUGGGAUCAAAUUCCCCUACUCGUUAGCUGUGGAGGUGACGGAGAAGAAUCCAGAAGGCUACCUGUCUGCGGCAGAAAUCCCUCUGUCUCGCCUUUACAUCGGUAUGGCUGGAGUCUUCUUCACUGCUGCCAUGGUCUGGGUGUACACACUCAUGAAGCACAGGUACAGCGUGUUUAAGAUCCACUGGCUGAUGGCAGCGCUGGCCUUCACCAAGGCCAUCUCACUGGUCUUCCAUAGUAUCAACUAUCACUUCAUCAACACUGAGGGGCAUCCUAUCGAAGGCUGGGCCGUCAUGUAUUACAUCACACAUCUGCUCAAGGGGGCGCUCCUCUUCAUCACGCUGGCGCUGAUCGGCACCGGCUGGGCUUUCGUUAAAUACAUCCUGUCUGACAAGGAAAAGAAGAUCUUCAUGAUUGUCAUCCCUCUGCAGGUCCUGGCUAACGUCGCCUACAUCAUCAUCGAGUCUACGGAGGAGGGCUCCAGUGAAUACUACCUGUGGAAGGAGAUCCUGUUUCUGGUCGACCUCAUCUGCUGCGGCGCCAUCCUCUUCCCUGUUGUCUGGUCCAUCCGUCAUCUACAGGAGGCUUCCAGCACCGACGGCAAAGCUGCCAUGAAUUUGGAGAAGCUCAAGCUCUUCCGGCAUUAUUACGUGAUGAUCGUGUGUUAUAUCUACUUUACCAGGAUCAUAGCCAUUCUGCUCAAGGUCACUAUGCCUUUCCAGUGGCAGUGGUGCUACGAGUUUCUGGUGGAGGUGUCCACUCUGAUCUUCUUUGUGUUGACGGGCUACAAGUUCAGACCGGCGUCCAACAACCCAUACCUGCAGCUCCCCCAGGACGAGGAGGACGUAGAGAUGGAUGAAGUAGUGACGGAGUCCGGUGCACUGGAGGGCAUUUCCAAAGUCAAGAAAACGUGUAACGGACGUGAGCGCCAGAAAGAGUCCACCUUGUGAACGGGAAGCUGCAUCUUUGGGGAGGGGGGGAUCCACUAAACACCCCCAGACCAGCUGGUACUGAGGGGUACACACGGACCAAGGCACCCCCCCUCCCCCACCUCCCCAGUGACUGCUUUCCUGUUGAAACUCAUGGAGUGGUUGCAGUGGUCGUGUCCACUGUCUGGCUAUGCAAAAGAAUAAACACUUUGUUGGACGCUCUCCUUUUCCUCGGAACAAACUCCACCCAAAAACUCUGAGAGGUUUCAGACGGAGACGAGUUCCCGCCACAUUGACGGUGGAGAUCUGGAGAGGAGCUCUGGUGUUCUUUAGUUUUCAUUCCUCUCUCUCUCUCUCUCUCUCUCCAAAGAUAACCAUCAUUUUAGACAAAGACUUGCUUUCGGGUGUGUUUCUAUCAGCUAUUUAAAACGGUACUUCUGCUUAGUUGUACCUUUCUGUGUGUGACGUGAGUACAGGUGUGUGUGAAUGUGAGACGACACAAGACGAUGGCCCGUACUCAGGUAAAAGGCUAUUCAGUACACAUUUAACAUGUCGUUUCUUCUUCCCGCUAUUCAGGGUCGGUUAUACAUCUUCAUCACCAACACUGGACACUAUAUGUUACUCUUCUCCCCAUAUGUUUGAUUAGUAUAUUGAGAUAUACGGAAGAGGCUGUAUAUUUCAUUAUAUGUACUUAUUGAAAUGUUAUAUUUCAGUAUUAUUGUUUCUGUUGGAGAGGAAAGAGUUCCUCCCAGUCCGUCACAUGGACCGCUGCUGUAAUUUAGUGCUUUAGUGGUUAUGCGUUCAUCCCAGAUGGCGACACGAAUAAAUCAGUCUCUCAGUGGUCCGACUCGUCUUCAACGACGGCCUUCUGCUUUGUUUUUUUCUUUUCCUUUUUGGCCACGCUGUGCCGAUCUGGGCAUAGAAGUGACCGACCUGAUCAUUUUGAAUUUGGCUUUUUGGUUUUACCUUCGUGCUCUUGAUGUGAAGCUUAUUUUAUUAAUUAUUGACAACUUAUUGGUGAAGAUAUCAGCAGGGUAGAUGGCCAUUUGUAAAUAAUUUACAGAGACACAAAAGGAUGGCACAUAACAUUUCAUAAGAAAUGCAUCUAGACAGUAAUGACACAGGUUCAGGUAGAGGGGUUUGAUUCCUCCAGCAGGCGGAGGGGAGGAGUAAAUGUGUGGAAUGAAGGAGAGACUACUGAGAUGUAACCAGAGACACACCUGUACAGGUGUGACAAACGGUCAGUGAGUCUGCAGGAGGUAACAGGAAGUGAACCAGUUGAGCAGAAAAGGUUUUGUGCUUGUUUCAGAGGUUUGAUGUCUGUGUGAACUGUCACAAUAAAGCUGGAAACGUCUCAAAUGAA